UUAUCACAUAUGGGAGAGAGGGAGCACAUUUUUUGUUUGCUGGGGGGGGCGCUGGACACCCUAGCACUGGCCCUGGUAGUAUAAUACAUGAUAUGCCCCCUGCAGAGCAGUCAAUGGCCUUAAUUCACUUUAUACCACACUACUGGUAAUCCUGACCCAGAGCUCUCAUUACAUAGCACAGUGCCCUUUAGACUCUGCCUCCUGUCAGGGAGAAGGCUGCAGUGUGUGCCGCCGGUACAGCCGUAGAGUACUGCAGUGUGUCCCGCCGGUGCAGCCGCCCCAUGUCCGCCGUCUCCCUUCAGCUCUCCCCGGACCGCUGCCUCUUCGAUGCCCCCCUGAGGCUCCGGGCGUCCGGUCUGAGCCCCGGGCAGGACGUCACCCUCCAGACCGCUCUGACCGAUGAAGGAGGGGAGAUCUUCUCUUCCCUCGCCCGCUACAGAGCUGAGAGCAGCGGGGAGCUGGACCUUACCCGCAGCCCGGCACUGGAGGGCGGGAGCUUCACCGGCAUAGAGCCCGAGGGGCCCCUGUGGGCCAUGGAACCCAGGAAACCCUUUAGAAGGCUGAUCAAGAAAAACGUGCAGACGCCGUUCCAGCUGCGCUUCUCCCUGCACCAGGCCCACGGGGAGCCCGGGACUCUCCUAGCGUCAGCCGCCCAGGAGAGGAGCUUCAUGGGGGAAGGGGUUACCCGGGUCCCGGUGCGGGAGGGGAGAGUGCGGGGCAGCCUGUUCCUCCCACCCGGGACUGGACCAUUUCCUGGAGUUAUUGAAAUCCAAGGGACCGGCGGGGGCCUCCUUGAAUACAAAUCUAGCUUGCUGGCUAGUAAAGGAUUUGCCACCCUGGCAUUGGCUUACUAUAACUAUGAAGACCUCCCAAAACAAAUGAAAGAUCUUCGUUUGGAGUACUUUGAAGAAGCAGUAACCUAUAUGCUGCAGCAUCCCCAGGUGAAGGGUCCAGGAAUUGGUCUUCUUGGCCAUUCUAAAGGUGGAGACUUGGUGCUUUCUAUGUCCUCUUUCCUUAAAGGCAUAACCGCCACAGCUGUUGUAAAUGGCUCUGUUGCCAAUGUAGGCACAGCCCUUCACUAUAAGGACAUUACACUUCACCCUAUUGGCAGGAAUGCGAAGAUGAUGAAAUACCCAAAGCCAGGGGUGGCAGAGAUCAGAGAGGCAUUACAUAAUCCAUUGGAGGAAGCUCAGCGUAAAAGUCUCAUUCCCGUUGGGAGAGCAGAUUGUAAGUUCCUAUUUGUUGUGGGAGAAGAUGACCGGAACUGGAAGAGCGACUUCCAUGCUGAAACUGCUUGCAAGCUUUUAGAAGAACAGGGGAAAGAAAAGCCAGAGCUUGUGUAUUACGCCAAGGCUGGUCAUUACAUAGAGCCACCGUAUUUCCCAAUGUGUCCAGCCUCAAUGCACAGGCUUGUCGGUAUGCCAGUAAUGUGGGGAGGAGAACCAAAUUUCCAUGCUAGGGCACAAGUGGAUUCCUGGCAGAAGAUACAGGAUUUCUUUCACAAGCACUUAAACCAUCAACGUAUCCUGGUUAACAAACUGUGAGCAGUACUGCCGUAUGCAAUAUCUAUCUAUCCUCUGUGUUAUGCAGAGGGAAAGCCUUAUAACUUCUCCAGGAAUUUCCUUUCCACCUCAUUUAUAAAUUACUGUAAUUGGUUGUUGCUCUUCUACGAUGCGAAGCUCUUCUGAUUGUAUAUUGAUAUAAAUAUAUGUGCAUUUGUCAUGUGAAUUUCAAAUUAUUUCUAAUAAAUAUUUAUAAUGCCA